GUUUUUCUCCUCGAGGAUAUCCUUCCCGUAAAUCUGUGAUACAUCAGCGACCUACUUCUUUCUCGAUCGUUCCAGAAGUCUGAAGAGUUUAGAGUGAUUUUUCGGUGAGUAACACGCUUCGGAACAGCACGAUGUGUUCUGUCGUUGGCGCCAAAUUCAGCGUUCGCGCCGUUUACAUGCUUUCAUAAAAUUUCCGUUUUCAAAGCAACCAAGGAAUAAAUGAAAGCUAUCUUAUCGCAACUGGAUAGUAGUUCGAAAUAUACUAUACUUGAUGCCGAUCGCUUUGCUUCUUUUCUCAGUUACAAGCUGAUUUUACUUGGAUACUCCGCGAUAAACAAUGGAAAGCCCGCCAAGAAAAACCGCGGUUAAUCUCGAAGACAGUGGCUGUGUUGUAGAUGGAUUACGCAGUGCUCUUAGCGACGAAGGUGAAGAUGAAAAAUCCAUGAUGGUAUGUCAUUAUAUUAUCCUCCUUACGAUAUAUUUUAUCGGUUAUUUUAGACCUUUCAUUUGUUUAUAAUUGCGACCACGAGGAGUGGAAAGAAUGAAUCGACUCGAGCGUCCCACGUGCGUUAGAACUUUCGCUGUAAAUUCAUAGCCUUACUUAUCUAUCAAAACUAGACAAAGCCUUCCAGUUAAAAAAUCUUCGUUCUAACCUUGAAAGAUCGCUGAAAAUAUAUGUUAAGCAUUUUUGUCGUAUGGUAAUUCUUGUCGUAUUGUUCCCGCUUUCGUCACGGUUGUACGUGACGUCACACCUACUCCUACGACCACUGACUUCUACUCAUACAAACUUCUCUUCGGAUCACCACGUGCUCUUAAACAUUUACCGUCGAGUUAAUGUUUAAAAAGUUGUACUAAAUUUCACAGAAACACCCAUUCUGCUAAGAUGACUUCGGUAAGUGUAUCUUGACUGAUAUUUUCGUUUGUCUUACUUUCAAAUGAUAAUUUCAGAAUACGAAGUCGAAGGGCAUUGAGAGGUAAGCUUAUAUUGGUUGAAGACCAGUAUAAAGCUACACUCUAGUAUUGUGAUUCCGUUUCGUGGUGCAUUUGGUGAAAGCAGUGGAUUUCAUUUUAACCACAAUUUACAAAUACGAAGAAUAGUCUUUUAUUAUAACUUAACUAUCUUCUUUGGAUAAAGAGUUCCGCUAGACUGCACGAUCAAGCCGGCAACAUUUUUGAUCCGUUGGGUUAUAUGCUUCUGAUCAAGCACACUGGGGUUUCUUGUCAGACAGACGUGUUUUUUACUUUGCUUUGUGAAGCGUGUUUUAUCUUCUUCAACUAGCAAUCUCGCUCUUUUCUUUGAGAAAGUGAACCACUAAUUUGCGUUUCUUAUUUGGGGGCGAUUUUGCUGAAUUUAUUACGCAACACUUCGCUCUGAAUUUACCGAGCUUGAAGUACAUGUAACCAAUAAAGCUCAACUCUUGGUACGAAAGUUGGUGAAAUGUUACGAGAAACAGAUGAAUCUGAUACUUUAGAUACAAACGCGGUCAUGGUAAAUGCGAGGAAUUUGUGGAUUAUUUGUUCUCUGCUACGGUUGGUGUGCUCUGCACCACUGUUUUAGCGUCGCUGAAUUCGCUAUCAUUGUGGAGCGAACAUAAUUAGGUAAAAGUCUGCUUACUUCGGUGAUCUAAAUGCACCUUCAACAAUGCAGUUUGUCCUGUUUUAUAUUUUUUCAAGACGAUUGCAGCGAUAGCCAUUUUUCUUUUAUAUCUAUUUUCAGAACCUUAUCCGCUGAUUUUCAUGAUUUGUUCGUUCGAAGUACAAAUUAUAAUACUUUAUUGUACUCUUGUAAGGUGUAAGCGAAGUGCUAAUGAGUAGCUGCGAGUAAUUAAGUACGGUAGUGAAACCUGUAUUAUUAACCCUCUGUAAAUCGAGCAAUACCCCAAGUCCCAAAUUUCCUCCCUCAAUUACUUUGUGUGAGACGUUUACAAAGCAGACACUAUCAGGUGAACAUAGACACCUAAAAAGUAGAUGAAGUAGUCAUUUCUGUGGAUACAAGCCUGUUUGAACAGACAUUGAUGAUGGCAUUGAUCAGCAAAAGCUCAGAUUUUCACUUAAUUUUUAAUUUAACAGCAAAUAAAGGCCUCACUCGAACAACAAUAUUUUACUUUCAAACUUGACGCUGAAGUCAUGCAAAGAUCAUUCACAGUUGUAAUAUUAGACNAAAGCUCAGAUUUUCACUUAAUUUUUAAUUUAACAGCAAAUAAAGGCCUCACUCGAACAACAAUAUUUUACUUUCAAACUUGACGCUGAAGUCAUGCAAAGAUCAUUCACAGUUGUAAUGUUAGACUCCGUGACUACAACAUUCCAGACGCCGGAAAUGUUUGAGAUUGCCAGCCACAAGUUGUUUAUUUUAAGAAUUAAAAAUAUGACUUUACAAAAGAUAUAUCAAUUUCUGUCUAUUUCUGUCACUAUGCAGUGAAAUUCUACAAUGUAUUGUGAGAGCAUUCAAUUCAUCACAUUUGCUUCUUGAAAUUUUUGCUGAAAAAUGUAGUGUGAAGCUGGUUGAGCCAUUUUCUGGUAACAGUCUGCCCAAAAUGUUGUUUACAAGUUGAUAAAUAGGCUGGUGUUUAUUCCUGAUAGAUAACAAUUAUUCACCGAAGUGGAGGUGGCUGGUAUUGGAUAUUUACUGAGGCCGCGAAGCGGCGAGGUAAAUUUCCAAUACUAGCCACUGACACUGAGGUGAAUAAUUGUUUUAGUAUAUACUAAAACAGUGAGAUAAUUGAGCACAAAAUGAUGAUUUUUAACUCAUUUACCGUUGCCAACGAUUACAAUUUUGGCGCGCGAUGACCGAACGUCCGCGGUCGUCACUUUUUCUUAGCGACAAAUAAAACUUUUGAAGGCGUUUGUUUAGCUCUUGCGGGGAAGUUUCUUCAAAAGGAGUUGUGAAUUCUGUUUGUAUUUAAAAUAAUUCUGGAAAAAAAAUUAUUAAAUUUAGUUUUAAGCUUAUUCAUGAACAAGUCAACUAAGUAAAGUAACGCAAGACUUAAGCUUAAUUUGCUUUUGUAAACAAAAAACUUUUUCACCGGUUUUAUCGGUAACUAUUCAAGUCAAAAAGACAAAGCUUUACCUGUUAAAACUUCCAAACCGAACUUCGUCACCUUCUUCAUGUAUUUCGGAAAUAGCUUGCUUGAUUAGUUGUGAAAUUUCUUAGAUUGUUAUGGCAGCAAACCGGGAAAGCAUUUUGCUCGCAACCUACGCGAGUUUGGCGUCGCUCGCUUGAAGGAACUGGAGGUGAAUCAGUGAAUAGUGCAAGAUAUUCACUGAUUGAGUAGCCAAUCAGAGCAUACGAAAAACACUAUCCACUGUUUUAGUAUAUACUAAUAAAUUUUAUCCACUGAAAUUCGGGGAAUUGCUGUUAGAUAACUACCACAUAUAUAAUAAACGAUAACGGUAACAAUAUAUAUUUAAAGCCAACUCUAGAUUUUGAAGAAAUUUUUAAACCUCAGGCUGACUGGUCCAAAACUUAAAGGACUCAAAAGCGUUUAGUUCUAAUAACUAUUUGGUUCCAACAGUACUUCUUUGAUACAUUCACUUCAGAAAACCCAUACAAUGGCAGUAGCCAAAACUUCUCAGAUCAAAAAUAUAGCUAAAUGUAACAAUAAACUCAACCAGAAAAAUUCUAAUAGAAUUAAGAACCAGUCGUAGAACCAACCACAAGGCUGCAAAUAAUUUUUUUUCUUAAGCAGGUCAUUUGUCAGGUCAGAGACCAGACCUGAUCUGACAAGGAAACAGUCUGGUCAGACAAAAGAAAUUCCAAGUGAAAGAGCAAAAUUAAGAAUUCAACAAAACAACCCAUUUCACUUCCUUAAUUGCACAAUAUUAAUCACAGACAGGAGCUGAAACAGUUGUAACAGUUCACUGAUUAGUCUUCACUGACUUUGCACUUAAAGACUCUCCUCAGAAGAUUCUUCUGAUGAGCUUUCAUCAGAAGAAUCUUCUUUGAGAUGAAGGCAUUUUGCCGGGACCCCUUUUUUGUAGGCUUUCCUUCUUUUCUGAUUUGGCGGAGUGAAACAAACGAUCGCCAUCUCCAGUCACCUUGCAAGCAAGAAAUCCACUGGUUUCAUCUUCCAGAAUAAUUAAUGUCCUCCGGAAUAAGUGUUUGGCCAACCUCAUCCUUGUCAGUCAUUUCUGGAUUUUUGAUUGACUCCUUUUGUUUUAUCCAACGGGAAACUUGAUCGUAUUUGUUGGAGAGCAACCCUCCAAGUUGCGACCAUUUUAGUCGCCAUGGCGCCUAAAAUUUUGGAACUGGCGACUUGAUUUUGAGAUAGUCGCCAAGCUGGCGACCGUGCAGAAUAGGUUCGUGUUGGCGUAUAGAAACAGAAAUGGCAAUCACUUCUGCUGAAAUAUGAAGAACAUUUAUUCUAGCUGAUUUGAAUUCUAUUACUAUUUUACUUUUCCGUUGAAAAACAUGCUAAAUUGAAAACUUAAAAAAAUCUCAGAGCUAAGCGUUUUGAAAAUGAACAUCAAUGAAACUUGACUUGCAUUCGUUCGCCAAAUUGCCUUCAGUCUGUUGCCUUGCACGUGACAUUUUAACUUUUGACACGUGACAAAUGGCAUGCACUCGAAGCACCUUGCUUGUCAACAGUGACGAUUUCUUCGAUAUCUUAGGAAUGCUUGUCAAGCCAAGUUCGGUGGUUUUUUAACUGGACUACAUAUUAUAAAUAUUUUUGAAUCAAUACUGAAACAAUCUAAUAACAUGAAGAGGGAAAGCUAAAUUGGUGCAAAUUCAACACAGAACAUUAUGUGAUAACCGUAACAUGUGAACCGUGCUGCGAGUUGAAUCGCGGUUUUGUAAACAAAAGCGAUAAAUGUAAGCGAAACUAAACAUCGCAAAACUGGUUGCAAAAAAUGGUUUUUUUAAACACCUGUAGCAAUGAUAAAGGAAAAAGAAAAUUUUUAUUUUGUAAGCGGCAUUUUUGUUUGGGUUCCUUUCAAUUGAUUGGGAAAAACAUUUUUUCCCAGUACAACUCGUUGCGAAAUUUCCAUGUAUCUCUAUAAAGCAAUGAUUUGAUUUACAAAACUUGUUGAUCUUCCUAUACUCUCCUGCCUUUUUCAGGCUUUCGUGAUGUCUAGCGAUAUUAAAAAUGACCUUUUAAAUCUCCAAAAAUAUUUGAUAGUUGGGGAAACAAGUUCAUCAUCAACAAAAGUCGCAAAAGAAAUGCGAAACAAAUAUUAGAAAAAAAAAAUAGGUCGCCUAUCAAGUUGCGACUGGGAAAUUUUUAACACAUUAACAGAGGAUGAGUUAAGUUCUGCUCUCAUAUACCAACUGGGGAUUAUACAGAAGGAUUGAAGGUCUCAAAGACAACUGGAAAUGGUAAUUGUCUUUACAAUUCCGUUUCAUUGUUGAUUCAAGGAGAGAAAUCUGCAAACCUUAUUCUCGGACUAUCAGUAACUAAUGCCUUGCACAAUAAACGAGCAAUUUAUAGACAGUGCUGCAUUUUAAGUUAAACUUGCUAACUGCUUUUGUUGCUGACAAUUUUGAUAUAUUAAUUUAUUAAUAUAAUUUGGUGCCUAAAAAUUUCCCCUGGCGACUAAACCCAAAGAGCUGAUCGCCAAAUGGCCACUGAACAAAAAUUUUAACUUUGAGGGUUGGAGAGAGAUUUACAAUAGCUUUGUUUUUCCUCGCCGAAACUUCGGUCAAGAUGCUUCUUGAGAUAUUGGAAUCAGUUCAUGGGUCGCACUGUAACUGCAAAAAAUCCAUUUUUGCCAUCGAACUUGAACUGAAACUCAAACAACCAAGUAAUAUGAUCAAGCAAACAAUCGACUCAUAGGCGACCACUGACACAAUUUUCUCUCACACUCUCUGUUUUCCCGCGUAAGUGGAACAAACAUCUGUAAUCGGAUAUGGCGGGUAAAAACCGAGUCAGAUGUUUAGAUCACGCAGAUUUGUCACAAAUAUCCAAAACAAUGUAAAAUCUCACCCUGCGUUACCAGGCUGUUAUAGUUUGUGUAUGCCUAUGGCUUUAUAGGAUGGGAAUGCCUGUUUUACGAUAAGUUGAAACUGUAAACUUGGAACAGAAGUUAAGGGCUAUGCAAUCGUGACCACAAAGAGUGACUAAUAUUAUUGUCGUUCGUGUUUUGUCUGUUUAGUUGGAAGCAAUGUUAUUUCAAAACCUCCUGAGUGCACUGAACUGCUGUUUAGGUUAAUAUACUUUGGAAUCUUUUAUAAACUUUUUGUCUUAGAAAUCUGCAACAUGGGGCUUCUUUAUACACAUUAUGUCAGUAAAUGGGACUGAUUCGUGAAUGCAAUAAAUUCCGAAAAAAGCUUGCUGAUUAUUGCUCUGAAUGGGUCUUAUAGUCGAAGGAACAAAAUAAAAUAAAAUAAAUAGGAGUAUUUACCCUGAGUUGGGUUUCAUUUGAUGAAAUUAAUAAAUUUGGAGUCUUGAUAGUUUUUCAGAAAUGUGACUUCACAGAAACCAGAGCGCCCGAACCGGCAUGUCUACAAUUCAUCACCGCGAAAAUAAGUGAUAAGCCGAAUUCUUUACCAGUACAAUUAACAAAAAUUUAAUUCUGAUUUACUUUUCGAUAGCAGAUUAUUAUUUUUUGAUUGUCAAUGUGUGUGUUUAGCAGAAUAACGGGACAAUGUUUUGCCACAAGCGUUAUUAAAGUAUGAUAAUUAAAAGUUUAAUUUGGAUCAAAAGUGCCUGGUCAGAGUGACAGACUAGACUAGUAUUUUGCCGGUAAAAAUAUCAACUUUACCGGACAAUUGUCCAAUGACCGACUGUUAUUUGCAGCCUUGAACCAACACUCAAGUUUCUCAUGUUCGAUAUUUUGAAAUUCUACAUGAUAGCAAGUCAUAACGGGUACAAACAAAGAUAAUGACUAAACAUUGACAGUGGGAUCACAGGGUCCAGAGGAGAUGUGUUUGUUGUUAGAACAUCAAAACCCGUCGAAAACCUCUGAAAAAAUGGGUUAUUUUGAUUGCGUUACAGUUUCGUUACACAUUCUAUAGACCGCAAUCCAAGAGACUGAGGGCUCGCAAGAUCGGCUUACCGCAGGCGUUACGGUAUAAAAUACGGAAAGGGAGGAAACAAAUUUGGGGCCGAUUUUCGAAUCCCUGAAACUCAAAUGGAAUUGAAUGAAAUCGCCUGAUUUUUCUAACCUGAUCUAGAAUUCUUAUGUAUUUGCCAAGUACUAUAGGAAAACGGUAUAAAUAAGCGUUCAAAUUUAUUUUCGGCGACUGAAUUGUACGGCUUCGAGAUAGCCCUUUUGUCGCUGUGCACCGCAACAGAUGGUGACGGAAAUGACGUAGUAAAGUAAAUGCGCUCAAGAUCGGAGCAAUAAAAGGGGUUGGUAAGCCUACGCGACUGUUACCUCAUGCCAAAAUGCUGCUCGUUCCAAUAAAUUUUUUUUCCUCUGCUAGGUAGAUUAUCCCCCGGAAGGUUCUACAUUGUAAUUUUCACUGGGCAAAUGUGAUUUUAGCCGCAUGUUUCACACUGAGAGGUCAUGACACACAUAUCAAUUUACUGUGGUUAUUGUUUCUGGUCGACAGGAUUUGCUCUCUGAUGCAAGCGCAUUUUCUUUGACCUCUUUUGAAGUGUUAAGCUUUUUAUUACGGCUGAAUAAGGGUUCCAGUUUUCUCCAAAGUGCCUUCUGGAUCUGAAUAACUAAGCCAUUUUCUUUAGUCCGUGAAGGUAAUGUUUUUCUGCAAUGCUGUAUCACGCUGGGCCCAGCUUGUUAGUUUUGUUUGGAGAAUGUUAAAUUAUUAUGGGUAAUGAGUUACAGGUCAUGUGUAAUCUUGCAAUAAAACGUGACACUGAGUAGAGCGAACGUACAAGGCAACUGUAAUAUCAUCACGACUGUGCCAUUCUUUGGUGGUCCAACUAUAUUACCUCUUGCGUCUUUGGCUGUGUGUUUUGCGACUACUGGGAAGCCUUUGCACAAGCGAAACCUGCUUAAGACAUCAAAGACUGUUGAUAUGUACAACAAAAUGUCCAGUCUUGAAAGAUCUUCACUUCAAUUAAAACUCUGUUGCCUUCGCAUAGAUCUCUGAGAUCUUUAAAACUCCCUCCGCAGCUGAUGUUUUGAUUCUCGAGUUGCUCCUGCAUUUCCGGUCUCAUUCACUUCUGUCACCGAGUGAUGCGGUUCACAGCGAACGAAGUCAUGUGGUACAAGUUUCCUCCCUUGUCCUUUUUUUUACUCGGCACUUCGUGCCUCGGUCGCCCUUUGGGCGACAGCCUUCGGUCACCCUUCGGGCGACGUUCUGCGCGCCAGCAAGGAUAUGGCUUGCGGUUAUUGAUUUUCAAAAUGGCGGACAACAAAGUCGAUCUGGUCAGAUAAGAAGCGAAGAAAUCGUUUACAGUAGAUUCAUUAAGAUCCCAUUGGGCUAAUUAAUCGUGCUAAGUGACAGGUAUAGACAUUUUUCAAGGUGAGACUUAAAAUAAGUAAUUCAUUUAUUCACACGAAACUCCUCUGGACCCUGUGGUGGGAUAUUGGGAUAUAGUUCCUGAGGGGCUAAGAGAUGAUUGCCCUAUUUGUGAGAGUGUUUUGUGGACAAGCAUAAUAUUUGAACCUUUUGAUUGUACUUUCACAUGGGUUGGUUUUGCUGGUAAUAACAUAACUUUUGUAAUAAUUAAUGUUGACAUGCUUUUUUCCCACUUCCUUCAUGUAGCUUGAUCAUUUAGAGAUGUCAGGUGUAAAUGAGUCCAAGUCUAGCCUGAAGCCAGACGAUGGCCAUACCAAUCAUCAAAAGAAGUUUUACCACGUUAUUGUUGCAAAGUGGGAAGACUCACCUGAGAUGAAUAAGUUGAGUGACCUAUGGGAACGGCAUGGUAUGACUGUGAUCAUGAUCUGUGUCACUGUUUUACUGCUGAUCUACAGCAUUGUAGCAAUAGCUGUUAGUGGAUUUGAGCACGUUAAGUGGCUCUUUGGCAUAACAAUGUUUCUGUGGUUCUGCAUGACAUACAUGUUUAUCCGGGAUCAUUGUGGAGCUGACAUAUUCAGAGUGUGUAUAGAACCUAUUGUGAAUGCUGUGGAAAGCCGGUGGCGGUAUUUGAAAUGGUAUGUACAUGAAACACUUUUCUUUUACGUGACUAUUGUACUGUAGACCUGUACAGUAUUAUAUAUACAUGCAAAAUUGAAUUCAAAGGUUUGAUGUAAACAAACCAGAUGGUUCAUAUGUUAUAACUUGCAAUAUAUAGUGGUAGAUAUGUUAGUUCAAGUCAAUUUAGGAGAAUAAUCAAGUGAAAAGCACAUAAACUUUACAAUGGAUUAUUCUUAAAAUUUAUUGUGAGACCGUGAAAAGAGUGUUCCUAGAAAUUAUUAAUACAGCGGGACCCUGCAGUCUUACCAUUAUUUGUGACUAGUAUAUUAUUAGUAUAUUUUUCAGACCAAAAUUUUUCCGGGAAUGCUGGUAUCAUAAAGAAAACCAGUCAUUUUUCAUGUGACAGCCUCAUUAAUUAGCCAGAUUUUCAUGGUCCUGUACUUUAUCAAACACAAUCCCGGACAUGACUACUUGAGAACGUUUUUUCAUUGAUGUGGACUAACUUUCUCAACAAAACUGUUUCCAAAUCAAGGGCUUUGGAUUAAGUAAACCCCCUCCCCUAAAAAAGCCCAGGGAUGAUGCUUUUUGAAGACACAACGGCACUGCUUCCAAGGGAAGGGACUAAGACUUGCUACAGCCACGAUGUUUAGAAAUUAACUGCUCUUUAAAGGUGAUGUUACACGGGACGAUUCGCAACGACGAUUUUUAGCGCAACACAGCGUUGCAAUGUUGGCACAGUGUUGUAACUAUUCGAAAUAAUGUCGCGACAGUAUUGCAACACUGUGUUGCGCUAAAAAUCGUCGUUGUGAAUUGUCUCGUGUAACAUCACCUUAAGUAUGCAAUUUUCUCAAGAGUUUUGUUCAAGAUUGUAGGUACUCGAGGGUGGUUUCUUUGUUCAAAUUUUAGAGUCAAAGAGGUGAUGCUCACACGUUUAUUAAGAGAGUGCUUUUUGAGAGAUGGUAGUACUUAAAGGCUUUAUAGUAAGUUGUUCAGGAGGUGUUGCUCAUUGUUCAUUUGCGUGACUUUGUGUUUCAUUCCAGGGUUUUUUUUGUGCUUGUUUUGGUGGCUCUUGGAAUUUUCUUUGGACUUGACACUGCAAAGCAGCCGGAGCGGUUUGUUUCUAUAGCCGGGCUAGUUGUUAAUAUCCUGUUUUGCUGGUUGUUUUCCAGACAUCCUAGAAAGGUGAGAUGUGAACCUUUCCUUCACAGUUCUUGCAGUUUUCUUUUUAGCUCCCCUUUUUUUGCAGUUCCUUUUUAGUAUGUUACAUGUAUCUUAUCUAGAUGAUCUCAGUGUUCAAUCUAGGCUGCGUUUUUGCCUCAUUGACGUGUAAUAUUUGAGCAAUAGAAAAUGUUUUCCGUGUUUGCAUAGCUUGAUAUAAACAAGAGAGGGGUGGCGAGAAUUCGAGACAGUUAUGUUCGUCUCGGGUUUGCAUAACUGUCGAGAAUUCUCUCAACCCCUCGAGUGUUUAUAUCAGGCUAUGCAAACAAACUGCUUUUAUAAAAUAACUUUCCCAAGAAAAAAAGCAUGUAUGUAUGCACAACGAUCUUUUUUCCCAUUACAAUCUUUUUCUGGGAAAACUUAAAGAAAAAUUGGCCCGAAAAGCGCACGUAAAUACUGAUGCAAGUAUUCUAGAUCGUCCUCAUGCCCCCUGGGCAUCCCAUAAUACUCCUUAAAUCCAAUUAAUUCAAUAUGGCUGCCGUAUCGGUAAAAAGGUCUAUUAAGAGAUAACUCAAGAGAAAAACGUCAAAAAUAGUAAAACUAAUAUAUAGCAUUCUAAUCAUUUUGUUCUUAUUGGCCAGUAAAAACAUCACAUUAAUUUAUUUAUUUCCAAUUUCUGAACAGAAAAAAAGGAUUGUGCACCAUUAAGGAGCUUCCAAAUAAUCUGCAACGGCGUUAUUUUAUCUUUGAUGUUUGCAGCUUUUCGUAACCAGUCUCCUCUUCCAACUAUGAUAUUCUCAAUUUCUGCCUAACUUGGUUCAUUCUGACAGGGUGCACUGUAGGGUGCAACAUAGUGUGAUUUCCACAAUUUGAAAACAAGUUAGAUGUGAAAUCAUCUCAGUAAAUGUUAAAUUAAUGACAUCACAAGUGGCACGAAGGCAUGUUCUCCCACCUGUGAAUGUGUUAAAAAGAGUUGUCAGUAGAAGUCAGCAAGUAUGUAAUAAAGUUUUAAUCAUGUGACUAUCUCUUUAGGUUAAGUGGCGCCCUGUUAUUUGGGGACUGGCUUUGCAGUUCAUAUUUGGUGUCCUCAUUCUGCGGACUUCAGUUGGCUUCAACGCAUUCAAAGGACUUGGAAACCAAGUCUCCAUAUUUCUUGAUUACACCAAUGUGGGCGCUGAAUUUGUGUUUGGAGCUGAUUACACAAAACACUUCUUUGCUUUCAAGGUACCGUUCCAUUUUAUUAUUGACCUGCAUGUUAAAAAAUGUAGUUUUAUGGACUGAAUUAAUUAAGUUAACUCAACAGUGUAAAAGAAUUAAAAAGUUUUUAGAGCUGAGCCUUCCUCAUUUUGUCUGAUGAAAGGGCUUGCCCUCCAUAAGUUAUGUUUUCGAUAUUUUUGUGGUGUUAAUUGAACUUUGUCAUACAAUGUAGCAGGCAAUGUGUCCAUUCUAUCAGUACUUGCAGGGGUUUGGAUAAGAAUUGAAGUAGCCAGCAGGUUUGAUUAGAGUAACCGACUGUAUCAACAAGGAGCCAGUAGUCCACGUUUUCAUACGGUGUCUGGGAGAAUGCUCCCUCAGACAAUGUUUAAAGUGCAAAGCCCUCAUACGCAAUUUCUAGUACUGAGAGGACUAAACUGAGUACAAAAGAGCAAGUUAUUUGGGUUUCCAGCUGUAAGUCAAAUUUUGAUGUACAGUCAACUCUCAAUAACUUGAACCUUCAAGAGAGUUCGGGAGUUCAAGUUCUCGGGAGUUCGAAAAAAUAGCCGGGAGUAAGGGAAAAAAACAGUUUUUACUGUACAGUGAACAUUUUAAUCACAGUUAAUUGAAGAAAUGUUUAGUAAAAAUUGAAAGAUACUUCUAGAUUAUAAAUCAGAACGUAACAUAACAAAACAUUGCCUAAAUAGAGCAUGCGUUUUACUGUUUUGAGAAGUAAAACUGUUUCACGUUAGAUUUGUGAUAAACAACAUCAACCUCCACUAGUAAACUAUAUGCCUACAACACGUCAAUGGGAAAUGCAAAAUUCAAUGUUUUGGAUGCCAGUAGACUGUUUUUUCCCUGACUUUUUAAGGGCUCAUAUAUCAAGAGUAAAAUUAUAAUUAUCGAAAUGAUCUGAGGGGAAAACAAAAACUACUUUGAGAUGUGGGAGGUUUGAGUUAUCGAGGGUUUCAGUUACUGAGGGUAAAAUUACAGUAAAUGUAUGAUGGAAAUCCAGGAGAAAACAAUUUUUGUUUGAGACAGCACGAGGUUCGAGUUCUCAAGAGUCAACUGUAUUAGCCACACAAUUAACUCCUACUUGUACAAGCAAUGAACAAAUGAUAAUUACUAAGUUACGUACAUUUUUGUGUGAACAAAUUCUAUUUUUGCCCUGUGACAUAAUUCAAACUGGUUGCUUCUUCUUUGGGGGAAAAAAAGUAGCAGACUUCUCUGAGCAAUGUACCCGAUGCGUUUUGUCGAUCAUCGGUGCUUCAUACUUGAAACCCUGACUUGCAUGUCUUCUUUAUUUCUUUCUUACUUCAUGCUAAGAUUCACUUUUCAUGGCUUUUGUAACAAUAUUAUCACCGAUAUGUGUCAACUUACCACAUAGCAAGAUUAAUUAUUAAUUAUUUGUUUAUAAAUUACACCAUCAUUUAUUACGAGGUUAUGAGGCCUCUGAAGUCUUACUUUUUAUCUGAAGGUUGUGUGGAUCACACAACGUCUAGUCAUGUAACUGUGACUUGUUUUGGCAAAUUUUCCUUUUUAGAUAAGCUCAAAAAAAAGUCCACAUUAAUUGUUAAGUUGUGUUACCCAUUGGCGAAGUUAAGAACAUAAUUCACUGGUCUGAUGGCAAAAUCCACUAGCCCUGGGCUACUGGACACAAUUUUCUUUGUCGCUACGUAGUGUACUACAUAAAUUUUUAGCAGACUGUAUAAUUUUCUUAUGUGAAUGCUGUGUCAUGUUUACUUUGCAGGUUCUUCCUGUUGUCAUUUUCUUCAGUUCUGUGAUUUCUGUUUGUUACUACAUUGGUAUAAUGCAAGUGAUAAUCAAGAAGAUUGCGUGGCUCAUGCAGAAGACCAUGAAGACAUCUGGUGUAGAGUCUUUGAAUGCUGCUGGUAACAUUUUUAUUGGGCAGGUGCUGAUAUUUUUAAUAUAUAAAUUUAAUAAUUAGUUCAAUUGAGCAUGCAGGAAUUUUGGAGAGCACGAAAGAGGUGUAAGAGUUGCUCAAAGUGUAGCAGAAAGCAACUCUAGCCUCUUGAGUGCUCUCCAAACUUCCCAAGUGCUCAAUAUCUUGACAUACACACUGCUGAAACUUGAACUAAUUUGUUUUAUAACAAUAUCAAAGUAAUCAAUGCAGCAGUUAACUUAAGGUUUUAUUUUGUAGCACACUAAAAGCAGUACUCAUCAAUGUCUAUGUGACUAAGCUUAUAUUUUUUACCUAUACUUUUGUUUUAUCUUGAAACUGAGAGAAAGCUUACUCAAGUGGCGUAAAAAAAAGGCUUUGACUCUGUGCUGGCCAGUCAAGCAGUAACCACAUGUAAUAAAAUGAACAAGACUGCAAAUGGCCUUGUACUCAUUAUGAAUUCAAUGGAGAAUUUCUAACUAGAUCAGAAGUCACUUGGGGCUUGACUUGAUGCAUUCUUUCAUUAUUUUUGAGUUUUACGUGUAUUUCUGUCCUGCUUCUGCUAAUGUUUACUGAUUUCUUCUCCACUCAGACAGAGGCACCUCUCAUGGUCAGGCCUUUCCUUGAGCACGUAACAAUGUCUGAGCUUCAUGCCAUAAUGACUGGAGGUUUUGCGACCAUUGCUGGGGGUGUACUAGCAGCGUACAUUGAAUUUGGAGUAUCAGCUUCCCAUUUGUUAAGUGCAUCUGUGAUGUCUGCCCCAGCUGCUCUUGCUAAGUAUUCUAGAUCGUCCUCAUGCCCCCUGGGCAUCCCAUAAUACUCCUUAAAUCCAAUUAAUUCAAUAUGGCUGCCGUAUCGGUAAAAAGGUCUAUUAAGAGAUAACUCAAGAGAAAAACGUCAAAAAUAGUAAAACUAAUAUAUAGCAUUCUAAUCAUUUUGUUCUUAUUGGCCAGUAAAAACAUCACAUUAAUUUAUUUAUUUCCAAUUUCUGAACAGAAAAAAAGGAUUGUGCACCAUUAAGGAGCUUCCAAAUAAUCUGCAACGGCGUUAUUUUAUCUUUGAUGUUUGCAGCUUUUCGUAACCAGUCUCCUCUUCCAACUAUGAUAUUCUCAAUUUCUGCCUAACUUGGUUCAUUCUGACAGGGUGCACUGUAGGGUGCAACAUAGUGUGAUUUCCACAAUUUGAAAACAAGUUAGAUGUGAAAUCAUCUCAGUAAAUGUUAAAUUAAUGACAUCACAAGUGGCACGAAGGCAUGUUCUCCCACCUGUGAAUGUGUUAAAAAGAGUUGUCAGUAGAAGUUAGCAAGUAUGUAAUAAAGUUUUAAUCAUGUGACUAUCUCUUUAGGUUAAGUGGCGCCCUGUUAUUUGGGGACUGGCUUUGCAGUUCAUAUUUGGUGUCCUCAUUCUGCGGACUUCAGUUGGCUUCAACGCAUUCAAAGGACUUGGAAACCAAGUCUCCAUAUUUCUUGAUUACACCAAUGUGGGCGCUGAAUUUGUGUUUGGAGCUGAUUACACAAAACACUUCUUUGCUUUCAAGGUACCGUUCCAUUUUAUUAUUGACCUGCAUGUUAAAAAAUGUAGUUUUAUGGACUGAAUUAAUUAAGUUAACUCAACAGUGUAAAAGAAUUAAAAAGUUUUUAGAGCUGAGCCUUCCUCAUUUUGUCUGAUGAAAGGGCUUGCCCUCCAUAAGUUAUGUUUUCGAUAUUUUUGUGGUGUUAAUUGAACUUUGUCAUACAAUGUAGCAGGCAAUGUGUCCAUUCUAUCAGUACUUGCAGGGGUUUGGAUAAGAAUUGAAGUAGCCAGCAGGUUUGAUUAGAGUAACCGACUGUAUCAACAAGGAGCCAGUAGUCCACGUUUUCAUACGGUGUCUGGGAGAAUGCUCCCUCAGACAAUGUUUAAAGUGCAAAGCCCUCAUACGCAAUUUCUAGUACUGAGAGGACUAAACUGAGUACAAAAGAGCAAGUUAUUUGGGUUUCCAGCUGUAAGUCAAAUUUUGAUGUACAGUCAACUCUCAAUAACUUGAACCUUCAAGGGAAAUCCAAAAACGUUUGAGUUAUCGGGAGCUCGAAAAAAUAGCUGGGAGUAAGGAAAAAAAAAACAGUUUUUAUACUGUACAGUGAACAUUUUAAUCACAGUUAAUUGUAGAAAUGUUAAGUAAAAAUUGAAAGACACUUCUAGAUUAUAAAUCAGAACGUAACGUAACAAAACAUUGCCUAAAUAGAGCAUGCGUUUUACUGUUUUGAGAAGUAAAACUGUUUCACGUUAGAUUUGUGAUAAACAACAUCAACCUCCACUAGUAAACUAUAUGCCUACAACACGUCAAUGGGAAACGCAAAAUUCAAUGUUUUGGAUGCCAGUAGACUGUUUUUUCCCUGACUUUUUAAGGGCUCAUUUAUCAAGGGUAAAAUUAUAAUUAUCGAAAUGAUCUGAGGGGAAAACAAAAACUACUUUGAGUUGUGGGAGGUUUGAGUUAUCGACGGUUCGAGUUACUGAGGGUAAAAUUACAGUAAAUGUAUGAUGGAAAUCCAGGAGAAAACAAUUUUUGUUUGAGAUAGCACGAUGUUCGAGUUCUCAAGAGUCAACUGUAUUAGCCACACAAUUAACUCCUACAUGUACAAGCAAUGACGAAUGAUAAUUACUAAGUUACGUACAUUUUUGUGUGAACAAAUUCUAUUUUUGCCCUGUGACAUUAUUCAAACUGGUUGCUUCUUCUUUGGGGGAAAAAAGUAGCAGACUUCUCUGAGCAAUGUACCUGAUGGGUUUUGUCGAUCAUUGGUGCUUCAUACUUGAAACCCUGACUUGCAUAUCUUCUUUAUUUCUUUCUUACUUCAUGCUAAGAUUCACUUUUCAUGGCUUUUGUAACAAUAUUAUCACUGAUAUGUGUCAACUUACCACAUAGCAAGAUUAAUUAUUAAUUAUUUGUUUAUAAAUUACACCAUCAUUUAUUACGAGGCUAUGAGGCCUCUGAAGUCUUACUUUUUAUCUGAAGGUUGUGACAAUCACACAACGUCUAGUCAUGUAACUGUGAUACUUGUUUUGGCAAAUUUCCCUUUUUAGCCAGGGUGCAAAGAUAAUAAUUUUUACAGCUUGCCAUUCAGGCAAGCUGAAGCUAGCAUUUACUAGCCCAGACGUCAUUUCAACUAGCCCCAAAAACGUUUUGACUAGCAGAAUUGAUUUCACAGUUCUUCUGUUAUUCAAAUUCCUCAAAAAACCUCACUUGCCCAUCGGACAAGUUAAAAACAGAAUUCACUAGUCCAACAGCAAAAUCCACUAGCCCUGGGCUAUCAGACACUACUUUCUUUGUACGCUGUUAGAUAAGCUCGAAAAAAAUUCCACAUUAAUUGUUAAAUUGUGUUACAGUGCUUGAAUGUGUAAUUUGAAUUUCCAAAAGCUUCACUUACCCAUUGGCGAAGUUAAGAACAUAAUUCACUGGCCCAAUGGCAAAAUCCACUAGCCCUGGGCUACUGGACACAAUUUUCUUUGUCGCUACGUAGUGUACUACAUAAAUUUUUAGCAGACUCUAUAAUUUUCUUAUGUGAAUGCUGUGUCAUUGUUUACUUUGCAGGUUCUUCCGGUUGUCAUUUUCUUCAGUUCUGUGAUUUCUGUUUGUUACUACAUUGGUAUAAUGCAAGUGAUAAUCAAGAAGAUUGCAUGGCUCAUGCAGAAGACCAUGAAGACAUCUGGUGUAGAGUCUUUGAAUGCUGCUGGUAACAUUUUUAUUGGGCAGGUGCUGAUAUUUUUAAUAUAUAUUUAAUUUAUUAAUAUAUUAAUAUUUUGAGUUUUACGUGUAUUUCUGUCCUGCUUCUGCUAAUGUUUACUGAUUUCUUCUCCACUCAGACUGAGGCACCUCUCAUGGUCAGGCCUUUCCUUGAGCAUGUAACAAUGUCCGAGCUUCAUGCCAUAAUGACUGGAGGUUUUGCGACCAUUGCUGGGGGUGUACUAGCAGCGUACAUUGAAUUUGGAGUAUCAGCUUCCCAUUUGUUAAGUGCAUCUGUGAUGUCUGCCCCAGCUGCUCUUGCCAUCUCUAAGUUAAUGUAUCCUGAAAUAGAAAUACCAGAGACUUUGAAUGAGGAUGAAAUUGAUCUUCCUAAGGGGUUAGUCAUUUGAACAUGAUAUUAUAUGUUCACAGGUUUGGUUUCCUUUCUUAGGCAGUGGUCACCUUUUUCCUUUUAGGUCAUUUCUGACAAUACAUUUUACACUGACAUGUUUCCUUUGUUUGGACUCCCCAUGUGGUCUGAAGAUUUUGAGUGGAACUCCUACAUUUCUCCCUGUACGUUCCUUCUCUUAGUCCUGUCAAAAUGUCUCUUGUGCACUUUUGUAGUGUAUUAUACAUCAGUGCUCCAAGCUCAACAUUUUUCAAUGUGACCUUUUGGCAACCUAAAGUCAUGUCCCCAGACAUAAAAAAUUCGUUGCCAGAAAAAAGGGACACUCUCUGCAACACUACAUGAAUGUUUGAAAGAAUCAAAAUGGCUGCCCAACCAUCGUUAUCGAAUUUGGAGGUGCACGCGACAUAUCAAUGCCUUAUACCCAGAGAACCAGCGUGAAAUUAGGCAAAUUAUCAGGAAAACAGAGCAUACACAAUAUUUAACACAAAUUUUAUCUUAAAAAGACCAUAAACACUAACUGCUAGAAAAAACGCAUCUUGCAAAAUGUUGGGAAUUUCUUGGGAAUAGCUUGGCACAUGAUCGCUGAACACAGGUCACCAAAUUGGCGACUUUCAUGGCAAUUUUAGUCGUGAAUUUUUUUUCUACUCACUAUGGCAACCAAAACGGUCUCAGCUUGGAGCACUGUACAUGUAGUUACACUGCAUGUACCAUUUGUACUUCAAACUUCUAGAAUUUCUUUUGUGUUGCGUGAACUCUAGUGACAAAUAUAUUUAAAGGCUCCAGUUUUUUUAGAGGGGUCAGGGCUGUCACUAAGAUUUCACAUUCCAGGCUAUGCAGUAAUGCAUGUAGAACAUGCAACAUUGAACCAAUUAGGAAUUUAUUUCAGUUGCUAGCAGUAGUGCUCAUAGUUGCAAGGAAAUUCUAAAUGACAGCUCUAUGGAGUCCAACUGAAUUUAAAGGGUAAGAGAAAUCUGAAACCCAAUUCCUGUUUGUGUUAUUUUAUUUUGUAGGAAUGAAAGAAAUGUCAUUGAAGCCGCUGCCAAGGGUGCCUCUACUGCCAUUGCAUUAGUUGCCAAUAUUGCUGCCAAUUUGAUUGCAUUCCUGGCAUUUCUUGCAUUUUUCAAUGGAGUGUUGUCAUGGUUGGGGUCCAUGGUUGGGAAACCAGAAGUCAGUUUUGAGGUUUGAACUUUAUUUCUGAUUUUUGCUGUACAGCGUCUGUAAUUGUGGGAGUGUAAAAGUCUAUGGCUGUCAUUUCUGCCACCAUUUGUGUUAGCCUUAGCAGGGAACUGUUAAUUAGAACAAUUUAUUAUUUGAGGUUGUUUUUCUCACUAGUUCUUACAUAUACUUAAGACAGGUGUAAGAGUAAAUUUCACUUCACCCCUUUCAUUCCUUACAGUACAUUUGCUCAUAUGUUCUUCGACCCGUUGCCUUCAUCAUGGGUGUGGAAUGGAGAGACUGUGAUGUUGUUGCUGAAUUGCUGGGUAUCAAAACCUUCCUGAAUGAAUUUGUUGCGUAUGCCAAACUUUCUGAGUACAUAAAGAACCGACAGGCUGAAAAUGGCUUGCGUACCAUUUCGGUGAGUCCAUGACCUUUUCCCCUUACAGGUUCAUUGAAUUUAUUAGAGACCUUUAGCAUACGGUUUUUUUAUGGGAAACCACAAACUGCAGUUUACAGUUAUACAUUUGCAGUUUCACAUUGCCAGGAUUUCAAAUUUUAGCAGGGCAUUCAUUUUUUAGUGCCACCAUGUUGUUAGGGGUAAUUCAUUUAUUUGAGUUCAAAAAUCCAACAAGCACAUCACAGACGGAUAAAGAAAACUACUUUGUGCCUUUAAACAUGAGGCUGUACAAUUUUAAGUGGGAAAAAAACUUGCCGUAAGUCGCUUACCGCUGGAUGCCCUUCCUGCCCUUCAAGCGUGAACUGAAAACUGCAAACUCGACUGCAAAACCAUAGUCACGUGACAUUCUCGGGUUUGCGGUUUUCCCUGAAAAACCCGAUGCUAAAGGUCUCUGAUGUGUAGUCUGCAAUUUUGUAAAAAUAAUUGAUGGCGAUGUUUUACAGGAGGUACAGUUGUAGCUUAUACACACUAGGCUUUGGUUGACAUCUUGGAAUGUAAUACAAGUAGCACAGUUUACUUUUAUCAUAACAUUCCUGUAGAAAACACUUUUGAAAUACCAAGUUUAUGAUCAUGGUUGUUGUAAAUUUGAAUCAUGGUUGUAGGAGGAAUUGUGAAUUCCUUUGAGAUUUGCCUUGGAUAAUGGGCAAUAUUGACAUUAAAGUGUUUUUAAAAAUUAUUUUGUUAGAGUAGCAAACUGCAGAUCAGGCUUCAGUGUGAUGCAUUCUUUGUAAAAAGCAUUAAAACCAUUCAAACAAAAGUGUUUUGCUAACAGUAAAUUGGGCUACUACAUGAUAAAUGUAAGUUCAAACUUGAUGUACACUAGGUGAUGUUAUGCAGCAGCAAAUUGUGGCAACCUCAUUUACAUGUACUUCUGUAAUUCCGAAAUACAUUAUGACUUUUAUGUCCUGUUUUGUCCGUGACUGUUUGAAUGAUACCAUUGCAUAAUAGAGGCCACAUUUUGUCCCUGUGACAGCCUUUUGGGUGUGUCACAUGGGGAAACUGUUGCCAUGACAAUUAAAUUAUUGCAAUAGUUGCCUAGACUAGUGUACAUUAAGCUUAAAUUGUACAAAAUAACUGGCAGGAGUAAACAGCCAAGGUAAGUGACAUAUAGCUGUAAUUAUUUCGCCCCUGCUGGAUGCCUGCUGGUGAUAUCUAACUAGUGGUAAACAGGAAUGCAUGUGACUGCUGCUCUCAAGGUGGAUGAUACGAGAUUCCAAGCAAAAUUGCUAUUCACAGGAACUGGCUAGUUCAAGAAAGCCUCGCAUGCGGUUUUAAUUAACACCUAAAUAACGUUGAGCUAAAUCAAAAUAUUACACAUUAAUGCAUGAAAAGCAAUUAAGAUAAUCCAUCAGGAAAUUGAUUAAUUUUGAUUUUCAGUGGAAGAACCUUGUACUAGAAUGUAUAAGCAGAAGGGUGCGAUAAGUGCUAAAUAGAGGAGUUUUUGAUGAAAUCGUAAAAUAGCACACUCAGUUAUAGAAUAGUAGAAUCGGAAAAAUCAGAAGAAUCAUACAACUGGAGACUUGUUUUUAAUCUUCAAUUGUUUUUAGACUUCAAUUCUAAGUAGCAUUCGAAGAAAUCUGUAGUGCUUCUAAAUCAGUUAUACUAUUUUCUGAUUUAGCAUUUAUUGCACUGCUCUCGUAUCACAUUCUCUUUUACACUUUUCAAGAGCUCUAAAUCUUAAUGCAGUAAGUUAUAUGUAUAUCAAAUAGCUCCAAGAAAAGGUUCUCAUAGGAGCCUGAGAAAAUAAAUUUCAAAUGUCACAGGAAUUGAGAAAACACAGUUAAAAUCGUCAUGUGUAAGAUUUCAUUUUGCGAAAUUUGUUUUUUUUUUAAGGUUGUUUUCUUGGGCUCCCAUGAGAACCUUUCAUUUGGAGUUAUUUCAUAUAACUUAUUACAUUUAUAGCUCUCGAAAAUUUUAAAAAAGAAUGCAAUAUGGUUGAAAUUAUCCAUGCUCAAGGUUUUUGUUAACUGAAAAUUAAAGUUACUCAAUUUUCUAAUGGAUUCCGUCUUCUUGUGCUGUCCUACAGUUGUGAACCAAUGAUCUGAAUGCAUCUGAAAAUGUUCAUACCAGCAUAAAAAAUAAAUUUUUGGACCGUUUAUUGUUUGGAUGUGUUCUCACCCCUCCCUCCAGUCAAUAGGUUAUGGUCAGUGGCUGUCUUCUGUUUUAAGUGAUGUUGGCAUUGAAUGGGGGAGAGUGGGUAACGAGAACACACUGAUUUGUUCCAGAAUUUUUAUUGUGCAAGGCAUAAAUAAUGAAAUAAUGUAGCUGUCUAAAGCUAACUGUACUUAAGCCUUCACGGUAGAUAUUAGACUUCAUAAUACAUCUCAACUUAAGAAGUUCUCUGGCCUCUUUUCAUUCUUUUAAAACUGCCCUUGUUAACAGUACAAUAAGGGUGCACUUGAUUGUCCCAGAGUAAAAGAAAAUUUGUAUCGUUGAAAACUGUACCAGUUGCCUGAAAGGAGUAGGAACAAGUGAAAGCUAGUUGGGUGCGCAUGACUGUGAAGGGCGUACGACCUUUUCAUUCUUGUCUACCCAACUUUCUAUUUUCCUUUGCCUUUCUAGUAUUUAAUCCCUGGCCAAUGUGCAUUGUUACAAACAUGUAACAAUCUUCUUGUUUAUCUUGUCCUGGAAUAUGCCCAAUCAGUGUAACUCCAGUGUGUUUUUACUGUAACAGUUGCAUGUACUUUCUACUCAUUUACAGACAUGUAUACACAUCGUGUCUAAAACGCUGUUUAUUUCUCAAUGUCUAAGUUUCAAAUUCUUGAACAGGUUUUUUGUGCAUGCAAGCCAGUGUAAAUAAAGCAACAGCUACCAUAGUCUGCUCUGGGAAAAAGCAAAGGAUGGCAUAGCAUGUUUAAAGCUUUGAAGUUGGCAAAUGCAUGCUUAAAGCAUUAUGCUAGAUCUCUGCAUGCUAUAACAAAUACUAAGAUUAAGUAUAACGAACUUUCUUGCCAUGUUUUCUUGAAGAAGGCAAUCUCUCUUAAUUAUUAACCGAGUUGGAUUUAACUGAACCUUUUCUUUUCAACAAUUUAUGCUAACUGCUCUUAACGAUUUUGAUGUUUAUUUUCUUGCUAACAGCACAAAGUUACUCGAUUUUAAACACUCGAUUGUAAGUAUUAAAAAUUAAUGCCAUUAACAGUUUAAAAACAGCAAUUUACCCUGCCUCCAAUAUUACUGAUUUGUUGUUUUAAUAGGAGUUAAAGUUUAAUAUUAGUUUUAAAAACUUUUUUGCACUAAUUAUUGCAUUGUUUGAUAUUAAGGAAUUGCAAUUAAAUAUAAAAAAAUGUAACAAUAAGGUAACAAUAUAAUUAUUAAAUAAUAAUUAAUAAAUAAUGAUUUUCAAAAUCAACACUUUACCUCUUGCUAGCAUCCUUUAAUAUGUUUGAUAUUCAGGUAUUCAAAACGGAUAUAAAAAUGUAAAAAUAGGGUGUCAUUAUAAUUAAUAAUAAAAAUAUUAAUGAUUUUAAAUUUUUGGAAAUAAAUAAUAAAAUAUAAAAAUAAGGUAUCAUUAUAAUUAAUAAUAAUAAUAAAUAGCAUUAAUGAUUUUCAAUAUCAAUACUUUACCUCCUGCUAAUAUCCUUAAAUAUGUUUGAUAUUCAGAUAUUGAAAAUAUAUAUAAAUUAUAAUAAAUGGUAACUUAAGGUAAUAAAAUAAGAAAAUGAUUUUCUGAAUAACAACAUUUUACCUCUUGCUGAUAUCCUUUAACUUGUUUGAUAUUCAGGUAUUGAAAAUAAAUGUAACAAAUGAUAACUAAAGGUCAAGAAACAAAAAAUAAUGAUUUUCCGAAUAACACCAUUUACCUCUUGGUGAUAUCCUUUAACAUGUGCUUAAAAAUUAAAGACGUUUUUAAACUGUACCAAAAUAAUCCUCUCUUUUACAUACAUGCAAGGCUCUAAGGGGCUAUAUUUGCAUAAGCAUAAGCAUUUAAUUAUCUAUUUGUCGUUUAUAAGAGGUUGCUUUGAAUUUUAACUUGAUGUAAAAUCUUUAUUUCACGGCUUUAAAUUCAUAAUUGCAUGCUUACAGAAAAUCAUGACAUAUACACAUACUGAAAUUUCUGAGAUCCAAUUAAGACAUCCUAAAACUUUGAUUAAUCAAACUUUACUCCUUGCUUUCUAAUGAAGUAAUUUUGUUCACAUGCUACACAAAUACAGGAUAUUAGAUAAAGAAGCAUCUUUAUUUUAAUCAUGGAAUUUACAUCUUGAAAUGAAUGUAAAUUUGGUUAACAUACCUAAUUCGUUUUAAUGGUUACAAAAUUUGUGGAAAAAAUUUUUCAAUAGUAUUUUUUAAACUAAAUUUCUCAUAAAUUUAUUGGUCAAUUAUUUUGUAAUUGAAACUAAGUAUGUGACGAAAAGAGGUGAUCAUAAAAGACAUAACCUUAUCAUAUUGUAAGCUUGUUAAUGUCGUAAAUGUUAGCUACUGUACUAACCGAUUUAAUGUCCUAAAGGCAGACUAAAUACAUUUACAUUCAAAAAAAAAAAUUUUUUUUAAUGAAGUGUAAUGUCAUAUAUUAUUUAUAUUAGUUACCGUGUUUUGUGAAAUAAGUUAGCAUAAUAAGGGUCUAUUCAUAAUUUAUUGUAUCUACCAAUAAAGUUUUCAUUAUCUAUAACUGUUUGAAAACUCUGUUCAAACUUGAAAAAGUGUUAAAUCUUAAGCAUUUUAUGAAUAAUUGUACUGUUUACAGCAUAGCAAUAUUUUUUAAAGAAGUUAACCAAAGUUAAGUUAAAACAAUAUAAUAAGUUUAAAGUGAAUGACUCCUUAAUUCUAGUUGGAGACAAGCAGUUUAACUUAAUGUGGCUUUUGACAUAUUUGCUCAAACCUGUUUUUCUAUUUAAAGUCAAAAUAUAUUUUUAAAGUAUGACAAGAGCUGGUAGCUUAUCACCACUAUUAAAUUAGAGAUGCAGGUGUAUGCAUGUAUAUAAAUAAUGUCUUCCACAUAAUUAUAAUUUUAACUGUUUUCUUAUACAUUGUAGUUUAGAGUAUUUUAAAUGGUUCCACCUCCUCCCUACUGCUAUCAGGGUCAAGUUGAUGAAUAGAUAAAGAGAAACAAUAUUACUUAACCAAAAUUUAAAGGAUUCUGAAUCUUAACAAUUCUGACAUUAUAUUGUGUUAUGAUAAGAAAAUAUCUAAAAUAAUGAACUGGAUUAAUAUGCUUAACUCAUGGUGCAAAUAAACUGCUGUUUUUGCUGCGGUUGUUUAUUGUGGUAAUUAUUCAAUUGCAUCUAAAUGCUAUAAACAGUGAUGUUCAGCAACUACUCCAGACUUUCUAAGUGACAAGGUAAGGCAUGUUUGAUGUAUCUGUACUGCAUUUUUUAACAAAAGUCUAACUUAAGAAAUUAAAUACCACUGAACUUGAUAACUUUUUUUUCUUUAAGUUCAUUUCUGAUAAACUGUGUGGGACUCUUAACUUCUUGAUACUUGCAUUCUGUGACUUUUAACUUGAAAAGUGUGAACUUUGCUAAUCAUAUUGCAUUGCACAAACUGAAUAACAACUUUGUUUUCAUCUUCACUACCCUAGAACUGUGUUGUUAGUGCAUGGUAUUACAGUACCAUUUCUGUAUAAUUUAACUAUGCUCUUAAUACUUUUAACAAAGUGGUCUCGAGUCUGUUAAUAAAUCCGAUUAUAAUUUGUGGUUUAUUGAGAGUUUUUGGGAAAUAAAAACUGGAUUGUUGUCGUUGCUUUUUUUCAAAAUACCUCUGCGAGGUUAUUGCUAAUAGGUAGCAAAGGCACUAACAAUAAACACCCUGAAGCUAAUAGCACUGAAUACAGUAUUUGUCUCUUGACUUUCAAAUUCUCACGAUGCAGUUUUAUCGGUAUCUGGCAGUUUACUGCUAACGUUUAGUCAGAAUCAUUUAUUUCUUCAGUGGUUGCUUGAAAUUAGCUUAUUUUUCAGACUGCCUGACUAUCCAUUCAUUCACCAUUUGUUAUGUACUCAAUUUAUAACAAUCUGUAUCAGCUGCAUGUGUGAUACUGUAUUACUUUCGCUCAGCAUGGAACAAAGUUUUUUCGUUAUCUCUAUUUUCACUUGCCAUUGAAGUGAAAAUAACUUCUCUUUAACUGUUCAAUGCUCCUUUAAUACACGUUUUGCACAAAGAGUAGUUUACUAGGAAUAAUCAUAGGAAACUAUGAAAAAACUAAUUUUAAUAUCUAAUGGCGCACUGUCAUUAUCUCUAUUUUCACUUGCCAUUAAAGUGAAAAUAACUUCUCUUAAACUGUUCAAUGUCCUUUUAAUGGACUAUUUGCACAAACAGUAGUUUACUAGGAAUAAUCAAAGUAAACUACGAAAAAACUAAUUUUAACUUGUAAUGGCACACCAUAUCAAGGGUUAGAUCUUUCCGCCUUGAGUAUCAUAAUGAGCCCUAUGUUUGGAAGUCUAAAAUUAAGGUGCAUGACUUGUCUUGUAGCAAGAGUAAAUUUCAUUUUAGUCUUGCUGCUUCAUGCUUUUUCUUGCUUGUUAUAAAUUUUUGCAGAGGUGGUCGAGCCCUUAAAUCCUUCCUUGGAAGUUCCUUUUUAUGGUGUGCCCUUUUAUUUUAACCCUUUCACUCCCAAGCAAGAGUAUGGUCACAAAUCCAGUACUAAGAUCCAAAUUUCAGUGCAAGUAAAUACUUGUAUCAUAUCAAUAGUCCCAUCAUUAUGAUUUCUUCCACGGUCUUGAACUGCAGAGUUGCAGUAUAUUCCCCUUAAUAUUUGCUUGGAAGUUAAAGAAUGUGAGUCAUACUCAUCCUAUUAAUUCCUGUUCAUUACUUAUAUUAAUUAUUUGUUUAUUAGCUGCUCACUGAGUUGCCAUUUCACGUCGAUUAUCUCGAUCACCAUUGUUCAACUACUUUCUCUUUUUGCCUUAUACUGACCAUUUUUUUCACUUAUAUUUUAAUCCUUACGAGAGAUGUCUGCCGAUAUUGCUCUUCUUUUACUCUGAGGUUUAUUUUGUCUCACUGAGUAGUUUUCUCUGCUCCUUAUCUAACCCUUCUAACAGAUUCGCUCAGAGAUUAUAGCAACAUAUGCGUUAUGUGGUUUUGCCAACUUCUCCUCUAUCGGAAUCCAAAUUGGUGGCAUGGGGCCACUUGCGCCAUCAAGAAGAUCAGACAUGGCUCGUGUUGCUGUACGUGCACUGGUUGCAGGUACCGUAGCCUGCUUCAUGACAGCAUGUAUUGCAGGUGAGAUAUAUGUUUUUGUUGUUGUUUUAUUCAAACAGAUUCGUUCUGAAAUCAUUGCCACGUAUUCCCUGUGCGGGUUCGCAAAUAUGGGCUCAGUAGGGGUAGUGCUUGGUGGACUCGGUCCCAUGGCCCCAAACAGAUUGCCCGAUAUGUCCAAGAUAGCAAUCAGGACCCUUGUUGCUGGGACUGUGGCUUGUUUCAUGACUGCAUGUAUGGCAGGUGAGGUGUCUGUACAGCAUUGAGAAAGCAAUGUCUAACCCUGUACCACGGAGAAUUCCAAUCAAUAGUCAACAAAGAUAAGAGAAUUAUCCUAAAAUGCUGAUAUUCUACUAAGUUUCGUAUUGUUGGUCAUCAUUGGAAUGGUCUCAACAUAGGGUCUUAUCCACAAUGUCAAAUGUCACAUGUUUAGUUUAGUUGUAUUGAUUCUGGAAGUAGAGUAUUUUUAUGCCGAAGUGAGGAAUGCAAGUAGCUUUCACUCCCUGUGUCAAAGACAAUUGUCAUAACCUUCCCCGCUUGUUGAUGCUCCUGUGGAGAACUGCAGACGUGACUUCAGAGACUGGGUUGCCGGGCUUAGCUCAGAGAUGAAGAUCUGAGAUGGAGCCAUAUUAAACUUUGUUUCCCUUAUUUUGCCAUCUUAUCAUUUUCGUGGCCAUGUUUCUGCAACAGUUUCCUCGUUUGCUAUGGCCUCAAUGUCUGCUGUAAUAGAUUUCCUCCAUACUCAUGGUUGUGAUUUGGAAUAUAGUCUUAAAGUGCUGUACUGUGUUCUGGUGUCAAACUUUCAUCCUUUUUGAGAUCUUGAAACACGUGAUAUGCCAUGUUACAUUUCUUUUCUAUUUAAAAGCUUGUGUAGGAAAGUUAAAAACAGUCAUGAAUGUCUCUUGGAAAGACCAUUCCUAAGACUGUUGAAGGAGAAUGAGAAUGGAUUGACUAAGGGAGUGCAGAAAAGUUCAACAUGGCGAUGAUGAUGCAUGGAAAACGUUUAUCAUAGAAUACUGCUAAUGGUGUUACCUUGCAUUAUGCUUAAAAUUCCUGACCUACUCCUGAAAACAAUAUGGUGUACUGUAGGUGUUUGACUGUCUUUGUAUUACUGCGUUAAUCAGUAACUAAGCUUUCUGUUUUCCUCCUCAGGUGUUCUUUAUGAUGAGACACUGUAUGAAAGUGCAGUUGGUCUUACAACCACUGCUGCCACCAUCAAUGGCACAGUAAUACCAACCACAGCCUCUUAAUUGUAGUGUACAUCUUUUCUGUUAAUAGCUUAGUAACUUUAGUCUUUGGGGGUCGGGGGUAGGAUUAAUUUUGUCAUGUAACAAAUUAUAUGAGUAUUUUCCUACAUGUAUCAUGAGAUCAUUAUGCUAUCAAACAAGUCAGUCAGCAAUUUUUAUAGGGAGUGGGUGUUUGAAAGCCUGUUUACACUGUGCAACUGUCUCGAAAGGAAUGUGCUUGCAGCAAAACUACAACCCGAAUCCUAUCAUGCAAAUCAAGUCAACAGCAAUUGCAAAUCAGUUUUAGGACUGAUAUACAAAAUGCGAUUCGUGUUGUAAACGUAUCGCAAGCACAUUACUUGUAACUUAGUUGUGCUGUGUAAACUGUUUAAGUUUGAGAAAUUAUCCAAAGUAGUAUUACAAGAAUUAUUAAGAACAAAAAGUGUUUGCACCACCAAUACUUUUGAUCUUUCUUGCUUCUGUGUGUUUAAUGAAAAGCAUCUUUUUUUAACUAAGAGUUAAACAAGGGUAAUUGGUUUCCUUUCUUAUGUUUUUUAUUAUUUCAUUUCGCAAGUAUGAUUUUUUUAUUCUUGCGCAUUAUUUAUCCUGGAAUAGAGACAUAUUUUUACCAAAAUUCCACUAGAAAAUCGUUUUGAAAUAACCAUAACAGCUAUCGUUUUCUCAAGCAAAACGUCAUUUUAUACUUAAUUGUAAGUAACAAAUGUCAUUUAGUGUACUCUUUUGUAAAUAAAAGUAUCUUCACGUGAAACGUUGUAAUUUUCUCUGUCAGGUGUAAAAGUGUGGGCUCAUAGUGGUAUAUUUGUAACAAACGCACCUCACCUCCCUCCUGCAUUUCACCAUUCUUCUGCAUUUCACUGGGCAUAGUAACUAAUCCUAGUUUUGCGCAAGUAAUGAUCCGAGUAAGGUGGAUAGCAAUUUCUUUUGUUAUGCGGCAACGGUGCUUUCCCCACAUAGGAAUGUUCUCAUGUUUACACAGAGAAUGCAUAAACCUACAUGAAGGCCGUUUACGCAAUAAAAUGCAUUUACACUCCUCUUUGAAAGGGUGUUUUUGUGUUGAAAGAUUUUGACCAAUCACAAGAGUUGAAAACAAUAGCCAAGAAAAGUUUACAAUUCCACAUGUUCCUCACAUAGGAUUUCUUUGUUAUUCAAACUGAGACCAGAUUUUGUUAUAUGGAAGAUGGUUGGAAAGUAAGGAUGAAUAUAUGUACUGCUUUAUGAAGUUUUGUUAACUUUUGCUGUUUAAGCCAAUAAGAAGUAAGUGCAGACAAUAGAAAAGUUAGCACCUUUUUUGCAUUCCAACAUGUUCGUUUCCGUUGUUGCUAUCGUUCUUAUCUGUACCGUUUCUUAAAGACCUUAUUCACGAUACCCGAUAACGGUCAUGCAAAAUGAACAGCUCUAGUUUCGACAGAAAUUAGGUCAUUAUUGUUUGCUGCGAGGAUAUCUACAGUCGCUGCUGCAUUCAGAAAGGUAGCAACGGGCAUUUCAAACCAUAAUUUACCACAAUCGUCUUUAACAUGAAAGGUUUUGUAUUUUUUGCCGUCUAGAAUAAACAAACUCGACCGCCAUUUCUUGCACUUGCAAUUUCUUUUCACUUAUUUGCCCCUAGACCUAUUCGGCUAACUCAGUGUUGUACCCAAUUGACCACUCCAGAAAAUACCAUAACAUGCCAUAAUACUCUUAAUUAGUCACUCCAGCAUUUUGCAUAAGCAUUGUCUUUAGUUUCUCUUGGGUGUUAAAAUGGCCCCAAGAGAAACUGAAAACAAUGCUUUUGCAAAAUUUUGGAGUGACCAACAAAGAGUAUUAUGGUAUGUUAUGGUAUUUUCUGGAUUGGUCAAUUCAAACCCUUUGGAAACAAAUUAAUUUGUUUCAGGAAUUUCCAUAUCAUUUAAAUGUGAAUGCCGCAUAAGGCAAAUACAAUACACAAAGAAUCUUUACCCCGGGAGAUUUGAAUCUGGUACAACACUGAGUCAGCCGAAUAGAGUGUUUUCACAUGACGUCACGGCGGCCAUAUUGGUGUCCCAAAACAAUGAAACGGCCGCCAUGUUGGUGUCUAAACCAAUCCUGUGAGAGUUGAAAUCUUUUCUUAUGCAAACGCUUUCUUUUGUUCCAAUAAAUUUGCAUAGAUGCUGACCACGUGAGUGAAAACACUCAGGGUGUAUCAGUCUUUAAGCGCGUGCAGUGUUGACGGGUAUUACUCUUUGGACAAUGUUCUGAUGACACAGUGCUCCCCAGCGAUAGAACGGGUGACGAAUCCUAAAUAACGUCUUUUAGAAUAGGCCACUUUUGAUAUAUAAAAGCUCAGCAUGAUGGCGACUCUUGGAGGACAUAAACAAAGAAAAUUGAUAAUCAUGUUUAUUCAGUGUUUUUGGUAGAGGACACAAACAAAGAAAAUGAAUAAACAUUAUGCAUUUACUUUGUGUCCUCCAAUUAUCGCUGUCAUGCUGAAUUUUAAUAUAUCGAAAGUGGCUUUUUGCUGCCCAGUUGACUUUUAUUUGUAUUCAACUAUCAUGCCUGUAGACACUUAAGGUAAACCUAUCAAAGUUCUGAGAUUUUGAUAGUCACAUAAAUGUUUUGAUAGUCUAAGGUUAUGAUAUUUGCAUACUCUCGUUAUGUAUCCAAAUAUCAUGCCUCUUCACACAAUGUAACGGUAUCAAAGUUCUGAGAUUUUGAUAGUUACAAUAACAAUUAGUAUUAUGAUACGGUAUAUCCAAAUAACAAACCUUUGCGCGAUCUAACCCUAUCAAAAUUGAUAUAUUUUGAUAGUUGAUAGAAUCAAUAAUAGUCUGAUAAUAUGAUAAUAAUCUGAUGUUAUCAUAUCUCAAAAUAUCAACCCUCAAUGCUCUUCAGACCUUUUACUCCAUGCAGAAUAUCAAAAUAUCAUUGCCCUCUAUGGUCUAUCGAUGUCAAAGUAUACUAUCAACAUUCGUUUUAAUGUCUCACCUCACUCGACAUCUUUCCUGUGUUCGUUUCCUUCAGAAAUGUAGUUCGCAUUUGCCUUACAAUUUCUCUUUUAAUUAAAGAUUUCUUGACAGCGUGUGCCACUGAAGUAAAUUUUCUUUUUUCUAUCCCACCCGUGUCUCGCGCAGUGUGCUCGCUCCCCCACCCCUUAACGUCCCAAUGAUGCUGAUGUUCGCGCUACAAAGAAACUAUAUAUUAGGGCAUGCUUCCCAAGCAUAUUAAAGUAGACCAUCGAGACCUUUGGAAUGAAAGCAAAAUAAAUGAUACUUUCCAAAAUAAUGAAUACAAGUUUCCGCAAAGUCGAGAGUCAUUCGUUUGUAUGGUUUGGGCAAGUUUGUUCGUUCUCUCACUUUUGACUAGCCCGUUCCAGGCUCCGAGAUAGUCGGGUCCGCUGAAUUGAAAAAGCGCAAACACUAAAGUAAAACGGGAGGAAACUUACCCACCCCGCCAACUUUCCCCGUGCCUUUUUCUUUUGCGUCUCCCCACUAUCUGAGAGCCUGGAACAGGCUAACUUUUGACAUUAUGACUCUCAAUCUUGGCAAGUUAACUGAUUUCAAGGCGCUCUUUUCGGCAGUCUCGGAGGGGUUUCUUUCUAAAGAAACGUUGGAGGAUUAAAGUUUAAAUAUGACUUUAGUUUUAUCUACUUAUUUAAUCUUCUCAUCCAACUUAUUUAUUCUUCUAUUUUUGUUUUAAAUGUUCCCACCAGAUUGUAUAUAGCUCCAACAUCGGUAUAUAAUCCACACAAAAUCAACAUCUCCUGAUUCGCUCUGGCGGAGGGCUAGACAUGUACUAGAUAACUAUUUACUCCAUUGUCCUAGGUUUUCCUCUCAUAAUGGUUGUUUAAGUGCCGCAUGUCAGUUUGGUGAAAUAGAAAUAAUAUAAAGUAGAGAGAUGUUGCCUAAUGAUUCAAAUUAAACAUUUGUAGAUUGACCUGUUAUGAUUGUUUCUUUAAUCAGUAUUAAGAAUAAGUCAUAUGGCAUAUACAAGCUAGUAAUGAUACAGUAAAAACCCGUAACUUAGAACCUGCAUUUUUUCAAGUUAGCCUAAACAGGUUAUUACAUAAACGGUAAUCAGCACAAAUUUAGGCUAUGUUGGUUCUCAAAUGUGAUUCGUGUUUCCUGAAGAAAAAAAUCAUUGAAUUUAAGAGUAUUUAGUGUUUUUUUCAGCCUUUUUCUUAUAUAAAAUCUGCAUGCCAUUAUUAUAUUGCAGUUGGAGUGAUAAGACACAGGAUUCUGAACGUUGGCUAUCUUAUUUGCCCAAGUGUACAGAAUUGUUUUCAUAGAUUUUAGAAAAUAAGAACCUGUUUCAAAUUUUAGGCUAAACAGGUUCUUGUAUAGGGGGGGCCUAACUGGCAAAUUUUUGCCUAACAGGUUCUAAAAUGGACCAGGUUCUUAGGCGCCGGUUUUUGGCUGUAUUCACGUAGACUGUGACCUCACAAGCAAUAGAUUAUUACGUACAGCUGACUAUUUAAUUUUUUAGCUGGUAAUUUAGGCUUUCCAACAAUUUGGUGGCCAUCAGAAAUAUCACAAUGCAGAUCGCGUCACUGUUACUCAUGACGAAGUUUUGAGAUCUUUUAACAUGUUUUUUUUUACAAUUUUUUUAAAAAAAACUUUGAUGGGUUCCACAUAACACAGAACCAGUCAAAAUCAAUGUUGAUUUGGACGUGGAGUCGUUAUUAUCAAGGAUUACAAAUGAAACCGUUUUUAAUGUGAAACUUAUCAAAGUUGUCAACAGUUGUUUCGAAAAUUGUCAAAAACAAUUAAAUUCCAGUAGUGAUGCAAUCUGCACUAUCUGUUGACAUUAUACGAUUUUGGAAUGUUCUAAAUCUUUUUGUAUCUUCAUUUUUGAAGAGACUCAAGGAAUUGUUCUUUUUGUUAGGAAAACCAUGGUAGAAUGACAAUUGCAAAAUUUUAAUAAUAGAUAUUACUACAAUAAUAGGUAUAGUAUUACGUAUAGGGGUCGCACUGUCGCUGACAGUGACUGACAUCUCGAUCCACACUCUUUGCGGUAGUCAACAGCAGAGUCACAAUAAGUUUUGUGGGACUAUCCUCAGCUGAUGAUAUUUAACUCUUGUCAUUGACCAAUCGAAACGCAAUGGUAUUGGCAGCUUGUCAGUUAAGCUUUGUUGUUAUUGGCUGUUAAGAGUCUAGAAGUGCAGGACGAUCCACCUACUUAUGAGAUGAUUCUUGGGUUUAAACCAUUUAAAAUAAAAAUAUAUGCCGUACAUUUUGUAAUAAUCGAUCUUUUAUCCCAACGAUUUUUCACUCUGUCCAACCACUGCAGAUUGUUCAUUUCUUAGAGUAGAUUUUAAAAUACUACUUGAGAACGAUAACGUCAUUUGUGAUCAUAACAUGUUGAUCAAAUGUUACUUAAUGAUUAAUUACUGAAUAAUAAUAUCAAGCCACACUGUUUGAUUGACUAAAAGUUAACAAGUAAGCCCUAACUUUUUCAUCCAAGAUCACUAAGGUUCUUCUAUGUACAGCAAAAAAACAGAUUUGUCAAUUUGUUGUUUGGUUCCUUCUCAUUUACUAUGAAUAAAACUGUCCACUAAUAUUUGGUUAAUUACCACUUACCUUUCGGGCCAUUGAAAAAGUUAGGACAUUGCAUUACCUUAACUUACCACAUCUCUGUCUUGUUUAUCAAUUGCUGAACUUUAUCUCACCAGGCACUUUUCUGCUUUUUAUUAACCUUUCUAACAGAUUCGCUCAGAGAUUAUAGCUACAUAUGCAUUAUGUGGUUUUGCCAACUUCGCCUCCAUCGGAGUCCAGCUUGGUGGCUUGGGGCCACUUGCGCCAUCAAGAAAACCCGACAUGGCUCGUGUUGCUGUACGUGCCCUGGUUGCAGGUACAGUUGCCUGCUUCAUGACAGCUUGCAUUGCAGGUGAGAUAUUUACUUGCCUUUAUAUGUUUUCAGGGUUUGUACAGGGUCUGGAAUUCUUGAAAAAGUCUUGAAACUUGCCCAGCAUUUUUCCCGAUCUGGAAAAAGUCUAAAAAAAGGUUAAAAGUCUGGAGUUUUUUUUUCAAAGCUGCAGCAAUUGCCUUACAAGUGAUUCUUAGUUUUGGUCAAAUCUUAUUCAACCUCGAUUGCACGUUUGCAGCGAUCAUGAAAAAAGCUUUAUUCCUCCUUUUUUUAAAGGUCUUUCUGAACCCUUUAAGUCGCAAUAGUGCUCAAAAUCAAUUUUCUCCUAACGAUAUCCAUAGACUAUCAUGGGCAAAGUCUAUGAGAAUUAACAAAAUGAUCACAAAGAGAAACGUAUUUGAUCUUUUACCAAAUUCUCUCAACAAAUUCUUUAAGAAAAUGUAUAGAGAUCAGUUUGGAGAAUUUGCAUGUGGAUAUUGGGACUUAAAGGGUUAAAUGCAUUUAUGCUAUUAUUGUACUUAACAACAGUUGCUUUGUGUUUUCCGUUUCAGGUCUUCUCUAUGACGAGUCACUAUAUGAUAGUGUAGUCAAUAUUCCGACGACUGCUGCCCCCAUUAAUGGAACAGUUGUGCCCACCACAUCGUCUUAAUUUUUUUUACAGCCGUCAAACGUUACCUUCUUGGUGUGGGAUGGGAUGACCUUAUAUUAUUAUUUUUACGUAGUAUAUAAUUCAGUACGUUAUCCAAAGGAAGUCAUAAAAGCUUAUUAGGGAAAAAUACAUCUAAUUUUGAUACACUGUCCAAGGAAAGUACUGUUAGAAACGUUGAGAACAAAAAAAAAAAUACGAGCUCAUUAGUAGGUUGGCAGCAGGGAGAACGCCUCAAAACUGUAGUUUUGAGGAAACAAUCUGUCUGCGCGUGUGUUGUAGGUAUAUGUAUAUAUCUUUGUCGUCCUGUUCUAAGGGACUUCGCCGUUAUAUUUUUAAUCAUUAUUUUGCAAUAUGAAAAUUACCUUAAAAUUUGAUUUAAAACUCAAAUAAUAUUUUGUAAAACAUGGAGAACAACAGAGAAAUAAUGACAGAAUAUAGAUGACUAACGAUCGGCUUAACUACAACGCCUGAAAAAAUGGGCUAAAUUCUUCACUUUGCAAAAAAUGAGACUUAAGUUGCAACUGUUAAGUAGUGUUCAAUCUUUAGGGGUUAACACUGUGAUUGUCUUUUAUGUUGUGCUAUGGGUGUUGUCUCACUGUCUGCUUCAGUUCAUUAUUUAAUGUUAGUCGAAACACCAAAGAAUAACCAAAUUAGCUCAUCUUCUGAAUUUUGGAAAGGCAGAUCUUAGCAACGGCUAAUCAAAUCCAUAUAGAGAUUUGGAUUAUGCUUCAAUUUUUGAAAGGAUAAUUACGAUUAGGGCGCUUGAAUUAGCCCUUGCCGAGAUCCAAGUCUUCGCCUUUUCAUGAACUAAGCAAACGCAAAAGUUAUCUUAAAUGUGCAGCUCACAAAUGCGAAAAAGGUGAAGUGAAAUGAUCGACCGGCUUUAAUGUUCAUGUAUCGUAAGUCCAGUGGAAAAAAAUAAAAUAUUUUAAUUACCUUUAAGCAAUAAAUAGUGUUUUCUGGCAUAUGUAGUUUUAUAGCGACUUUCUCUUCUUUCGGAUCUUCUUUCCUUCGGCACUGGCUUUACUGAACGUUAGAGAGGUGGAGUCAUUACGUUACGUCCCCAUGGUAACAAAACUUCUGGAUUUCAACAAACUAUGGCAGAAAAAAACAAAAAAAUGACGUGCAUGGGUUUCCUGUGCAUGAUUGUACUCAAACAAAAUCACAAAACGGUAGUCCAUAAUUUUCUUCCAACGUACGAAAAUGCAAAUGGCCGUCUCUGUCAAGAAAGACUGUUAAGAUAAAGAAAUUUUGCUACCAUGCUAACGUGAAGUCCCACUUCUCUCAAUGUUUGACAGUAUUAUUGUACCUGCCUUUUUAACCCGAGAUCAGACUUUAUUUUCGUUUUGACGACGUAAGACGGAAUGUAUGGAGGCUGCUAAAAUUGGCCCUGAUCUUAGGUUACGGCCUUUUGGAUCAACUGGAUAUUUAACAAUUAUUGGACGAGGUUAAGCAAAAUAUCGUGAUUUGUCAGUGGCGUUCAGAUCAAUUAUCGGCUGAGGCAAAUAAUUGAUCUGCGAGACAAACCAGUGGUAGCGUCGCCAAACGUCGGCUGUUUGCUCAGGCUAAUUGAUCUCAUGAACUUGAAAAAAUGAAUACAACAGAACGGGGACAUUCACCAAAUCGAAGAUGCUGUCUGAAAACGUUCUUUUAAAUAUGUCUUUAUUGUGUAUUUGUCAAUGACAAUCCAAACUGAAUUUGGAGUUUGCAUUUUAUAUACAACCUUUCAUUAUGUAGCGUUUAUUUUAAAAACAUACGGAUAAUAUAUUGGUGAGAUAUAUAAAUGCUUGUUAUUGAUUAAAAUCUUUGGGAAUUCAUUGCUUG